AUGUUUAAGCGAUACUUGCUUAAGAGGCAAAACUUUCCUAAUUACCGGCGCAAACAGUGGGAUAUAGGUAAGGCUAAAGAAGCAAUUCAAAGGAUCAGGAUAGAACAACCUACCGGGGGAGAAUUGAUACCGAUGCAAUUGGAUUUGGCUUCAUUUGAGUCAAUUGAGAAUUUUGUGGAAGUAAUUAAAGCAGGUUUCCACAAAAUUGAUGUUCUUAUUAACAAUGCCGGUGUAGUUGUGCCUUUAAGUCGUGAUGAAAAAACAAAAGAGGGAUUUGAAAUAAAUUUUGGAGUAAAUCACUUGGGGCAUUUCUAUCUCACUAAUUUACUCUUAGAUCAUUUAAAAAGAGCCUCACCUAGUCGAAUUGUUGUUGUAUCUUCAACUCUACAUGAAAGAGGAAAACUGAAUUUUGAUGAUCUUAACUUAAAAGCUGAAAUUGAGAAUGCCAAAAAAGGUCGAGUCAGUGAGCGCAGAAACCCAGGCUAUUGCAAUUCAAAGUUAAUGAAUGUAUACUUUGCCAGGGCCUUAGCAGAAAAGCUAAGAGACACUGGAGUGGAUGUUAAUGUAUGUUGCCCUGGUUUCUGCUACACCAAUCUCUUCAGGCAUUCUGUGAGGUGGUACCACUACAUCCUUAUGGCUCCAUUGGCACUUAUGUUUAUGAGGUCUGCGAAACAGGGCUCUGAGACGGUGGUGUACUGUGCUACUGAAUACAGCAUUGAGGGCACGAGCGGAAAGUUCUACAGAGACUGCGCUCCAUACGAAUCCAAAUACCCCUUCAACAAAGACGAGGAGGUGAAACUGUGGCAAAUCAGCGAAGAACUCGUGAAGAACAGGAAACCUAUG